GUGACAUGACUGCAGAUUCACUUGAUAUGAGUGCUGACUCAUUGGAUGAUCCAGCAUAUUUACGUUCAUUAGUUCCAAGGGAUACAAUUGAAGCACGGAUCUCACCACUUCGCAGAGCAUCAGUUCCAAUGGAUACAUUUGGAGCAAAGAUCUCACAGUUUCGCACAACACGUGACAUGACUGCAGAUUCACUUGAUAUGAGUGCUGACUCACUGGAUGAUCCAGCAUACUUACGCUCAUUAGUUCCAAAGGAUACAAUUGAAGCACGGAUCUCACCACUUCACACUAUAUGUCCUCCACCUGUAGCCCCGCCACUGACACCAGCUUUAACAACACCUGUAUGUCCUCCACCUGCAGCACCUCCACAGACACCAGCUUCAAUAAGGCAAAGAAGAGCUCUGACAACUCGUAGCCCUCGCCGGAAAGUCACUGCAAGGCAUCCCAUCAGUCGAAGGGUGGCACGAAGGAGUGUAAGGACAGGUGGCUCAGCUGUAUGUCAAAGGACUCCUGCUCCAUCUCAGAGGCCACCAAGGGUCAGAGCUGCAGCAAGCACAGCUGUAUGUCAAAGGACUGCUACUCCAUCUCAAAGGCCACCAACUGUAGCAAGGACUGUAUGUCGAAGGACACCCGCUCCACCAGCAAGUGCUGUACGUCCAAGGACUGCUGCUCCACCAGCAAGUGCUGUGUGUCCAAGGAGACCUGCUCCACGAGUAGAAGCCUCAGCAAGUACUGUACGUCCAAGGACUGCUGCUCCACCAGCAAGUGCUGUACGUCCAAGGACCACUACUCCACCAGCAAGCGGAAAGAAAGGAUCUGUGGUAACCAACCACCCAGCAAGUAUGUCAGUGGAGGAGCAAGGGCCUGUCAUUCAGUAG